CGGCUGAGUGACGUCACUUCCUGUGCCGUGUUGUUGGGCUGUAGAUCAGGGAGGAGACGGUGUGUAAAGGUUGAAGUUUGAUUCUCUUCCUGGUUCCUCCUCCAUCACAAUGAUAAUCCUGUAACGUUGGGGCAGAACCAGCAGCUGCUGGGACGCGAUCGAAACGCACCUGUCCAUCCACAGAUCCCCCCUGUCUCUUAGAUGUUCAGGACUCGAGGAGGGUCAGAUCAGCGAGAGGUGAGGCGGUGAGGGGUGAGGUUUGGCUCGGGUCUGGAUCAGCUGGGUUCUGUUGGAAUGAGCGAUGGAGGGACAUGGAGUGGACGGUCCAGUCACCCUGAUCAUCCGAGCUCCCAAUCAGAAGUACCACGAUCAGACCAUCAGCUGCUUCCUGGACUGGACGGUGGAGGAACUGAAGAAGCACAUUUCUAACGUCUAUCCCAGCAGGCCGUUCCCCCGAGAGCAGCGGCUGGUUUACUCCGGGCGUCUUCUGCAGGACCACCAGCACCUACGAGACGUCCUGAGAGAGCAGGAUGAGUAUCACAUGGUUCACCUGGUCUGUGCACCACGCAGCCCUGCCAGUGAUCCCAGCAAUCCCAGUGAGCCCCCAGUGAACUCCCAGCCCGGCUUCAUGAACACAGACGCCGCUGGCUCCGCCCCCUCAGCCACAGCAUCCAAUCAGGACGUUCCAAACUCCUCAGGUGCAGGAGGAAGUUCAGAGGCUCUUCGACGACGAGGAGGUGCCACGCCCGCUCACGUCGCAGCUCCAUGGGCGGCGGGAGCCUCGUUUCCGGCCCCUGUAGCGCCCCCCGCAGGGUUCCCGGCUCACUCUGUGUACACGCCUGUGCAGAUGCUGUGGUGGCAGAGGAUGUACGCUCAGCACUACUACAUGCAAUAUCGAGCCGCCGCCAUGGCCGCCUCUCAGACUCCGCCCCCCGCGGCGAGCCCCCGCCCCCCGGACGCUCCGGUUCGGGCCCCGGCUCCCGACCCCGCCCCGGACGAUCGGCCUCCCGAGCGGAUCCCUCGGAUGAACGCUCAGGGCGGGGCGGUGCAGAACGAGGACGAGCCGAACCGUGAUUGGCUGGACUGGUUGUACACGGUGUCGCGCGUGGCGGUUCUGCUCAGCAUCGUUUACUUCUACUCCUCCUUCAGCCGCUUCGUCAUGGUGAUCGUCGCCGUGCUGCUCGUCUACCUGCACCAGGCAGGUUGGUUCCCCUUCAGGCCGGAGCUGCAGAACCCAGCGGCACCAGCAGAAGAACCAGCAGCAGAGAACCAGAUGAACAACGACAUGCAGGACAUGGAGCGCAUCAUGGACGAUGGGAUGGAGGAUGAGGAGGGUGAGAGUGCUGAUGAAGGUUCUGAGGAAGCAGCUCCCCUCCAGCCGAGCUUCCUCUCCUCCACCUGGUCCUUCAUCAGCACCUUCUUCACCUCGUUGGUCCCCGAGGGGCCGCCACGCGCCGCCAGAUAAAACAUAAACAAACUAAAACCCCAGGCGGACGACUCGACUGUGAACUUGGUGGGCGUGUCCGCGCUGAUUCUGGUUACGUUUGAACUUCUCUUCGUGGCUGGUGGUCUGGAGGGACCAGAAGGUUCCGGCGGUUUGUCUUCCUGCUCCUGCGUGAGAACGUUUUAGUGGAAAUGUUAAAGUGUGGAACUUUAGAUGUUCAGUGGAAAUAAAUCACACUUAUUUACA